AUUUAUAUUUAUGUAAAUAACUCAAAUCAGUAACGCUAAUUAAAGUAAACUAAGAAAACUAAAUUUAAAAAACGACAUUUAUGGAAGUCAGAAUAUUUGAUACAUGUGAGAACGAAAAGCAAAUUUUAGAUUUAAUGUUAAAAGAAAAAGAAUUUAAAAAUUAUAUUAUUAAAAAUCACAAUAAUAACAUUUGUCGUGUCCCAAUUGAACCAUUUAUAUGGGCUAUACAUUUCAAUAUUCCCAAACAUAAGAGAUAUUCACCGCUUGAUGAUAUAUUUCAUAAAAGCAUUGCGUACAUAAAAACUUGUUACAGUUUUUUACCAUAUAAACAAAUAAUUGGAAAAACAUAUAAAUCUCUUGGAAUCCCAACAGUAUGCGGAGAACCAGAUAAGAAUUUUAUAAACAUGUAUAAAAAAUAUAAGCGCUAUUAUCCAAUGAAAAAUUUUAAAAGAAAAGGAUCUAAAAUAAAAAGAAUUUUGUAUCAGGAAUCUUUUAAAACAUUUUGCAAACAAAAACAAAUGUUUGCAGCUUACGAAAAUAACAGCGAAUGUAUUUCAAAAAAAUUAACUGGACGUGAAAAUUAUGAUAUUAUAUCUUUUAAUACUGAUAAAACAAAAUCACCAAAAAAUAGUAACAGUUGUAUCCAAUCAUCAAUUGAACUCCACGAGGAAACAAAUAAGCUAGUUCAAAGUUUUAUUUCAAGCUCGCUGCAAAAGAAAUCAUUUGAUUCACACCAAAAUGACAAUUCUAUCAGGAAAAAUUAUUGGCCAAGGGAAAAUUCAUUGUCAACUAUUAAUAAUAAUUACAGUAACAUUUUACAAAAUAACAAAAAUACUAUUGAAAGUAUUAACCUUAGUUUGAAAUCAAUUUCUACGACAAAAAUAAGAAGUUAUGACGAAAGCAUUGAGGUAAAGAAAACAUUUGAGAAAGAACUUCAAUCAUCCCAGAUUAAUGUUUUUACACCAAAACUAAUAACUUAUAUAAAUGAUAAAAAUAUGAGCUAUGAAAUAAAGAAUGUUAGUACAAGGUCAAUAAUUAAUGACUCCAUUGAAUUGAUUGAAGAAGAAAUCGAAAGUCCACAUCGAUCGUCAUUAAUUAAAAAGAGGAGACAUGACAUAAGCCUGAGCAGUUCAAUUACAUCGUAUAGUACAUUUAAACAAAACCUUAGACAAUGUUCAUCAGAAAAUAAUGAUACUAGUAGUUUGAAAUGUUUUGAUUUAAAGAAUUUAACAAAAUAUAACGGAGAAAAAGAAAAGAAAAAUAUGUCAAAAGAAAUAUUAUCAAACAGAAGUGUCGAAAUGUUUGAAGUCACUCAAAACUUAAAAGAACAUUCAUACAUCAGUUGUUAUACGCCUAGCACAAUAAAUAACAGAGUUAGAGAAAUGUUUUUAGAAACGCCGUCUAGUUCUUUAUCGAGAAAUGAUUUAAAAAAAACAAUACCACAUUCUCAUAUUUUAAAAAAUCUUUCAAAAAUAUCUGUAUCUAAAUAUGCAACUGAUAACGUUCUUUGGAGAGGCAGCAAUUCAAGAAAAUCUAAGAAAAUGUCUACUCAACUUAGAUAUACUAAAAAAAAAGAUAAAAUAUUAUCAGACAUAGAAAACUCGAGCGAUAGUCAAUUGGAUAUCAGUUUGGAUCUUCGAAAAUUGAAAGAGCAAUGGUUAAGUAUUACAAACAGUACAUCAAAUUUUAUAAAUGAUUCAUAUCAAAUUUCAAACGACUAUAAUACAAUUGAUCUUAAAGUUAACGCAACUAAACGCAUAUGUACUGCAGCGAACAAUUUCAGUGAUAUGUCAUUUUCAGAUUCGGAUUCUAUUUUAAAAUUAGAUAAUAGCAAUAAUUUUAUAAAAUGUGGUCAAAUUUACAAAAGUAAUAUAAAUAAUUUAAAUGGUUCAAACAACACAAUAGAGUGUGAUACUAGCAAUGAUUCUUGGAAUAAUAUAAAGAAAAACUUUGAUUGGGCAUUAGCUAUAGAGUCUGAAAAUUCAGAUUGCAAUGCUGAUGUAUCUUUGAGUCAACAAAAAAUAUGGCGAUUAUAUAACACCGAAAAUAUAGAAGAAAAGUUAUCUGAUAUGUCAUUUAGUUCUGUACAUAGUACUAAGCCAUCUAUAAAAUCACAGAGCAGUUUAGUCAGUAACCUAGAAGAACUAGAACAAAUUAAAAAUGAAUUUAUUAAUUGUUCACUUGACAGUGAAGUAAACAUCAAAAAUGACUUAGUAAAAAAUUCACCCAAUAUGAUCACUAAUGCACUGUUUAAAAAUUUCACUUUUGAUGUGUCGCCACAUUUACAAAUUAAUCAUAAUUCUAAUUCUAACUUUUUAACCAACAAAGAUACUUCUCCUCUAACGGGUAUCAUUAAAAUGGCACAAGAUAUUGUAAAAUAACAAGUUCUGGAAAACAAUGUAUACCUUAAGUAUUAUGUUUAAUUAACACCUUAAUUUUUUUUUUGAAAAGUUUGCAUUUCAUUACCACAGAUACAUUUAGUUUUUCAUUAAUAUUUAAUUAUUAAUUGUUAAUUUUAAUAAAAUUAAGUGUAAACAAAAUAUUUUUAAAUUGAAGAUUUAUUGUAGUUUAAAUUAUUAAUAGU